AUGGUUGGAGUUCCCACCAGCCAUCGAUGCGACACCUGCAAAACGCGGAAGAAGAAGUGUGACGAGAGGAAGCCACAAUGUACCCCAUGCAUUCGGAGUGGCUGGAAAUGUCCAGGCUACCAUAGACGCUGGAAAUUUGUCGAUGAGAUUCCUCAGCUCGAGGAACACUACGCCGAGAAUAAAUACGUAAUGGACGUUUUAAAUGCAAAAGAUUCUGAACUAACGCUCGACACACUUCGGACGACACCCUCCGUGCCUCGAUACUUCGACCCAAAACCCCUCGGUUCAGAGUUCAUUUACUCCCUGAACAGCAAUGUAGCAGGGAUGCUUUUUCCUCUCCAACUAGCCGGAUCUUUCUUCCAUUUCAUUCCGGCACGGCUGGGACGGAAUGUUGCUCUUGACGAUGCCAUUCAAUGCAUCUGCUCCAUCUACUCGAAGGCACUUCCUGCCCCCCAUGAAACAUCAAAAGGUACCUACCAAAGUUAUGCUAGGGCCAUUGCUUCCCUGAGGGCCUGUCUGGAUGAUCCUGUCUUGCAGAUGGAAUCCGAGACCCUGUGUGCAUCCAUUAUUUUGCAGUUUUGCGAACUGGUGGUCAACGUCGACAGGGGAGAAUGGAGCCAGUUGCUUCUUGGGACAAUCUGUCUGCUACAGUUGCGUGGUAUCCAACGAUAUGACAACGAGUAUGAUCAUGCGAUGCUGGAAAGUCAAGUAGGUUUUAUUUUCGGACACUCCCUCAGAUUCAGAGAUUCGUCUUUCAUGAGCUCUCCAGAGUGGCGAGCUCUUCUAUUCCACAAUUUGACGUGGCCUUUUCAAAUACAACAGCCGAAAAGUCUAAAGGCUAGAACACGACUGAUUGGGAUAUUGGUGGAUUUGCCAAUUCUGAUCGGUUCAGCUUCAGCUGAGAGCACGUCAUUCGAUCCCCAAUUGGACAAAAGAAUUGACGUUCUGAUUGCCAGAUUCUGUCAAGUUUCACUCGAGAUCAGGUCCUGGCUAGAAUUCGAGGCCGAGCCAUUCCUUACUGUCACUUCUUCCUGUCAAAACACCGACCUGAUCCAAUAUCCGGAUCUGACAAGUGCCAUAAACGACUGCGUGUCUCAUAAAGCUCUUUUGAUGAUUGAAAAAGCCUUACGUAUCUUGAUCGAGACACGGGGGACGGACAUUACCCUGACACUUGGCGCCAAAGACUUAUCAACGCCUUCCAGUUUGUUCAGAAAGAAUGCCAAUUCGCUGCUAAACCCCUUGACUUUGGUUUAA